AUGGCGGCCAGCUUCCGCGGCCGUCCUAUCCGAAGUCUUCGGAUGCGAGGUCGGAAUGACAGCGGGGAGGAGAACGUACCGCUCGAUCUGACCAGAGAGCCAUCUGACAACUUCCGAGAAAUACUACAAAAUGUGGCCAAACCCCAUGGAGUCAGUAAUAUGCGAAAACUGGGCCACCUGAACAACUUUAUAAAGCUGCUAUGCAGCAUUGGCCACCAUGAGGAGAAGUUUGGGUUUACAUACGAAGAAAUUAUCAUUUGCCUGCGGCUAGCACUGCUGAAUGAGGCCAAGGAGGUGCGUGCUGCAGGUUUAAGGGCGCUGCGCUACCUCAUCAGGGACACCAGCGUGCUGCAGAAGGUCCUCCGACUACAGGUGGACUACCUAAUAGCCAGGUGCAUUGACAUCCAGCAGAGCAAUGAGGGGGAGAGGACUCAGGCUCUGAGACUUGUCAGAAAGAUUAUCACAGUCAACGCAAUGCUUUUCCCCACCUCCAUCACCAAUUCUCUCAUUGCUGUGGGAAUGGAUGGGCUACAGGAGAGGGACCGCAUGGUUCGCGCUGCCAUCGCCAUCAUCUGUGAGCUAGCCCUGAAAAACCCAGAGGUGGUGGCCAAAAGAGGCGGUCUCAGCACCAUCCUGAAGAGUGUGAUUGACUGUCAGCUGAGCCGCAUUAAUGAGGCUCUGAUCACCACCAUCCUCCAUCUCCUUAACCACCCACGUACCCGCCAGUAUGUGCGUACUGAUGUUGAACUGGAGCAAAUCCUUGCGCCCUUCACAGAUUUUCACUACCGGCAUAAUGCAGACAUAGCUGAAGGGCAACUCAAGGAGGACCGAGAGGCCCGUUUCUUGUCCAGCAGGAUGGCCAUUGUAGCAGCCUUUCGCUCCUGGUCUGGGAUUAUCAACCUAUGCAAGGCUGGAAAUUCUGGAAUCCAAUCUUUAAUUGGCUUACUCUGCAUACCAAAUAUGGAAGUAAGGAAAGGUUUGUUGGAGGUGCUUUACGAAAUAUUCCGGCUUCCUCUGCCUAUUGUUACUCAAGACUUCACCGAAGCUCUUCUUAGUGUUGACCCCAGUAGGUUCCAGGACAGCUGGAGACUAUCUGACGGGUUUGUUGCUACUGAGGCCAAAGUCAUCCUCCCCCACCGGGCACGAUCAAGACCCGAUUUGAUGGACAACUAUCUGGCUUUAGUUCUGUCUGCCUUCAUCACCAGUGGGCUUUUAGAGGGUCUUGUUGAAGUAGUGACCAGCAGUGAUGACCAGCUUGCCAUCAGAGCCACCAUUCUCUUGGGGGAAUUACUACACAUGGCAAACACCAUCCUUCCUCAUUCCCACAGUCACCACCUGCACUGCCUUCCCACACUCAUCAACAUGGCAGCCUCCUUCGACAUCCCCCAGGAGAAACGACUUCGUGCGAGUGCAGCUGUCAAUAACCUUAAGCGGUUCCAUGAGAAGAAGAAGCGAGGAUUGAAACCACACAGCCUCUACCUAGACCACAUCAUCCGAAAAUCUGUGCCAGGACACAACCGCCGAGAGUCACACACACGCAGUCACAAGGACAUCUACGCCAUCAAGGACACUGAGGAAGCAUUGAUGUUGAACCUUAGAGACAGUCAUAUUCUCAACCACAAGCAGAAUCUGGAAUGGAAUUGGCUUCUCAUUGCCACUAUUCUCAAGUGGCCCAAUGUUAACCUCAGGAACAACAAAGAUGAACACAUGCACAAGUUUGUGCGGAGGCUGUUGUACUUCUACAAGCCAAGCAGUAAGCUCUAUGCUGGGCUUGACCUGGACCACCCCAAGGCCAGACAGCUCACUGUGGUUGGCUGUCAAUUUGUUGAAUUCUUGAUGGAGUCUGACGAGGAUGGCCAGGGUUACCUAGAGGACUUGGUGAGGGACAUGGUGGCAUGGCUGUCCUCUUCCUCAGGGCUGAAGCCCGAGCGCUGCCUGCAGAGCAACGGCCUUCUCACCACACUCAGCCAACACUAUUUCCUAUUCUUGGGGACACUCUCCGCCCACCCACAUGGAGUUAAACUGCUGGAGAAAUGUGGCCUGUUUCAGUGCCUGCUGAACCUGUGUUCAGUCAAGAACCAGGAUGCAGUGCUGAAGCUGGCUGUGUCUACCCUGGACUACAGCAGGGACGGCCUGGCCAGAGUCAUACUCUCCAAGAUCCUCACUGCAGCUACUGAUAUAUGCAGGCUCUACGCCACGAAGCACCUGCGUGUUUUGCUGCGUGCCGGUGUUGAGUUCUUCAGCAGUUGGGGCAUGGAGCUGCUGGCCACUCAGCUUCAUGACCACAGCAAGGCUGUUUCUAUGGAGGCUCUGGACAUAUUGGACGAGGCCUGUGAAGACAAGGCCAACCUUCACGCUCUGAUCCAGCUCAAACCAGCUCUGUCCCACCUUGGAGACAAGGGCCUCCUGUUGCUCCUUAGGUUCCUGUCCAUUCCUAAGGGUUUCUCCUACCUCAAUGAGAGGGGCUACGUCAGCAAGCAGCUGGAUAAAUGGCAAAAGGAAUACAACCUGAAGUAUGUGGACCUGAUAGAGGAACAGCUCAACGAAGCACUAACAACUUAUCGUAAACCUGUAGAUGGAGACAACUAUGUCAGACGCAGCAACCAAAGGUUACAAAGACCAAAUGUCUAUCUACCUGUGCACUUGUAUGGUCAGCUGGUCCAUGACAAAACAGGCUGCCAUCUGCUGGAGACCCAGAGUGUGGUACCUGACCUAAGCUACACAGUUCGCUCCCCGAUGCUGGACACGUGGGAGGGCAUUAAACAGCUUAAAGCUGCGCUCUGGGCCCUGGGUAACAUUGGCUCUUCAAACUGGGGUUUGAAUCUCCUGCAAGAAGAGAAUGUCAUCCCUGACAUUCUUGAAUUGGCCCAGCACUGUGACGUGCUUUCUGUACGAGGGACAUGUGUGUAUGUAUUAGGUGUGAUUUCCAAGACCAGGCAAGGCUGUGAGGUGCUGAAGCAGAAUGGGUGGGAUGCGGUCAGACACAGUCGCAGGACGCUGUGGCCUGUCACUCCUGAUGAGGUUGAAACACAGCCGACCUCUGAAUUGUCCUCAGUACCAAGCACACUCAGUCUAAACUCUGAAUCCACUAGCUCCCGACACAACAGCGAGAGCGAGUCCCAACCCAGCAUGUACAUCCUAGAUGAUGACAAGUGUGAGCUGCUGGAUUCGCCAUGCGACCCUCCCCAUUAUCUGCGCUCUAAACCCAUCAAGGACCGUAGUCCCUUCACCAUCCUGGCCUCCACCCGCUUUGUACGGAACCGCCUGCUAAACUCCUUGUCCCUCCCCAGUAAGAAACUGCGCUCCACCAGUGACCCCAAAGCUCCGUCGGGCUCCCGCACCCCUACUGAACUCAAGAUGGGGGGAAUGAGGCGGAACAGGACAGUGACUGAGCCGUCUCUUGUCUGCCCAACCCAAGGGGACGUUUUCACACAUGUGCUCAAUGGCACCGGCCUACCAAAGAGCCCCACUGUCAGCCUGGAGACAUCUUUUGUGGGCACCAGGGGUGGCUCAGAGGAGCAGCUGGUGGAGGGUAGGCUGCCCCGGGGUGGAGGCUCGGGGCUAGGACUGGUGUCAGGAGGAUCUGGUGGACUGGGACUCAGCGGACACGGGGUUGUGGAGGCCCCGAGCCGGGAGAGGGAGCAGAGCAGCCGGGAGCGAUUAGCAGGGGAUGGGGGCUCCUCGUCUGGUGGAGGAGGCGGAGGAGGUGGAGGCGGUGGUGGAGGUACUCAAUUUAAGAGCCGCAGCCAGAGCUUUAAUACGGACACCACGACCAGUGGCAUCAGUUCAAUGAGCUCCAGCCCAUCCAGGGAGACGGUAGGAAACCCUGAGCAUCCUGACCCUGAGCCAGACUCCUCUGACUGCGUGAGCCUCAACACUGUGGUGUCAGCCAAGACUGUCAAAACCCUCUCCUCUCUCAGCCCGCAGGCUCCGGCCAACCACACGCCCACCUCCAAGACCAACUCUGUCUCGCUAGUUCCCCCAGGCUCGUCUCACACUCUCCCCCGCCGAGCUCAGUCUCUCAAGUCUCCCUCAGUGACUACCAUCAAGAGCUUAGCGGACUGUAGCUUUAUGUACACCAGUCCCCGAGAUGCGCUCGGCUACGCUACGCUUAAGCGGCUACAGCAGCAGAGGAUCCACCCAUCUCUGUCCCACAGUGAAGCAUUAGCGUCACCUGCUAAAGAUGUGCUCUUCACUGACACCAUCACCAUGAAGACCGGCAGCCUAGACUCUAGACUGACACCGCGCAGGUUUCUGAAGGCGCUGAGCUUCGCCUCUCUGGAUAAGGAAGAGUUGCUCAGUCCCAUUAACCAGAGCACCUUGCAACGCUGCUCCUCAGUGCGAUCCAUGGUCUCUAGCGCCACCUAUGGGUGCAACGAUGACUAUAUUGGCCUGGCACUUCCAAUGGAUAUAAACGAGAUGUUUCAUAUUCGGGACUCCCCCUAUUUUCAGCAGAGGAUUAGUCCACCCUCAGAUGAGAGGAAACACUUCCUCUUUGGUGAUGGCGAUGGUGAUCGGCCCCCUAUCCCAGUGCUAAGGCAGCAGUUCAGCAUCUCGGAACUAAUUGCCAUGCGAGGAGAAAACCAGAACCACAUCCUGGGCUCGGAGGAGACUGGCCUCCAGGACCACUCCGAUGAGAACUGCCUCUACUGUGUGGGAGCAGUUGUACUAGGACACCCUACACAGCUUCAGAUCAACAGCACACACACUCGCGCAGACUACGUCGACUUCGCAUCGUGGGGAGGCCAAGGCGGCCAUCGUCUGGAGGUGAUGCCUCAGUCAAAGUUUUCUGGGGUGUCAGGCUGCAGUGACGCUGCUGUGUCACAGGGCUCCGUCUGCUGUACGCCCACCCCCAGUGACAUUGUUAUAGGUAGCAAGUCAAUAUCCGAUGAUGCCCCCGCAUGCCGGGUCCUGCUGAGGAAGGAGGUGCUACGCCUAAUCGUCAACCUCAGCUCCUCUGUAGGAACCAAAGGCCAUGAGACAGGACUAUUGACGAUAAAGGAAAAGUUCCCCUAUGCGUUUGAUGACAUCUGCCUGUACUCAGAGGUUUCUCACCUCCUGGCCCACUGUAUGUUUCGCCUGGCCUCAAGACGCUUCAUACAGGAACUCUUCCAGGAUGUGCACUUCAUGCCAAUGUAUGAGGAAGCAGAGGCGAUCUUAGCCAAGCCACCUAAACACGUUGAAGAGGAUGUGGACCUUCCUGCAGAAUCCUGAUCACCCCCCGCCCCCCCACCCUCUCUGCACAGCCCUAGUCCCUCUGCCCCACCAACACAACAGAGUAUGUGAGACUGAGAAAAAUGAAGCUAUAACGAAAGGGGAGACAUUUGGUAUAUUUCUUUCGCUCCAAAACAGAUGCAUUGUGGCCAAGCAUGAUUGGAGGUGGCCACGACUCACCCUUUUUUCUAGCAAAUGACAGCUGGAAACAAAGGACCUCACGUUUAUUAACAAAAUUUUACCCAACACAUCUAAUGCUGUUUUAAACUUAUUUUACAAAAGAAGAGGGGGGGGGCGGUUUAACCAAAUACUGUUUCGAUGGAUUGGCAAUCUCAAGCAACACUCAAUAAUACAUUGUUUGCUGAAGGACACGCUGGAUCAUUAAGACAAAGACUCACACUGUUUUGUUUUUUUUUUGUUUUUUUUGUUUUUUUUUGAAUCUACAAUUUACCUCUUUCUAGAGGUGGUGUUUUCUGUAAUGAAAUGAAUAAGGCAUGUUGUUGUGUCUACCCAGUAAUUCCCUGGACCUUAUAUUCUUCUCCCCUAAUGAAACAAAACACUACAAGAGGGUCUUACUGUUUUUACACUAUUUCCUGAGUCUCCUGGAUCAUACCCUACCCCAUCCUUCAGUCUGUUAUAGCCAAGUUUGUGCUGUGAUUUUCUCUCGCAUCACUGCUUCUUACUUCCUGUGGCCUCCUAUCAGCACUGUCAACCAGUCACUUUUCUACUCUUAUAUCUCAGACAAU